CCCGGAACUGCUUUCAGCUACCUUUGUGAUUUAAAAAGGAGGAUAAGACGUUUCCAAUGAAUCAGUCUUCGUCCUCCUCUUCGCCCAUUUCAUUGUCAAAUUCAAGAGACGACGGGCCUUCGUCUCCUAUGACAGACAUGGCCUCCACCGACCGGAAUUGUCGACUUAAUGACAAUUUCGGGCUUAUAGUUCAGGGGAUUUUAGCUGCUGUCGCUUUCAGUACCCUUAUUUGUGAGUAAGAUUUUAAUAAUUUAGAUAAUAUUCGAUUUUUGCUCCAUAUUCAUCAUUCGCGGACGCAAACUUGUUUUUUCCGAGCAUCUCAACCAUCCGUCUUGAACGAAACCAAACUGAACCGCCGCAUUUGAUCUGACAGGAAAGCUGAAUAUUUUGCGUUUGUCCCGUUUAAAGCAACUUUUCCUCUGAAUAUUUUUAAGUAGCAAUUUAUUUUAUUCCCUAUUUGAUUAGGUUUGGUUUUCACUGGUGGGCCCAAGAUUUGCGCGUAAUUAAAUUUCUUUCUUACAUAAUAUUAUUUCCAUUUCAGCUCAAAUGUUCGUAUGUAGAAUUUCACAUUAGAAUGUUUACUGCUCCAUACGUGAACACCUGUCUCCUGCCCAACAAUAAUCGUAUUAGUUGAUGUUUACAGAAGAAAGUAUUUCGCAAAUGGCACUGUGAUUAGAACCAAAAUUUGCUUUUUUGGUUAGGAUGCUUACACGCAAAUGGCUUUCCUAUUAGCAAAUUUUGCUCUUUAGCUAAAUUGAUAUGUGUGUGAUUUACUACUUUUAUCUGCACAUCUGUAAACUUUCUGAUAAUUUUUGUUUGGCAGUAUUCAGUUUGUCUUAAACUGUCAACGAGCCAAAUUCUCUAAAACCUUGAGAAAAAAAAAAGAAAUUGUGUGGUAGACUUAGAAUGACGGGUUUAGAUAGUCAUAUGUUUUAUACAAAAUCUUUACAUGUAUUUACGUACUUAUGCUCUGUCUGCAAAAUAUACCACAGAAGGUGCUGUCUUUUGGGUAAGGUUUGCCUUUUGUAUUUUCUGACGCAAUAGAGAAUGUUUGGGUACCCAUUUUUCCUUCAGUUCUAAAUCCAGAAGGUCUCCAAGUACCGUAUGAGGAAAAAUUAUAGUCGCCAGUUUGGCAACUCAUGUUAAGGAGUUGGUUGUCAAAGCCCAAUAGUUUCGCUAUUGGCACCUGCAUUUUGCACAACUUCUGUCUCAAUUUUUCUUCUUUAUUUUACCUCUAACCUAACCUGUAUAAAGUAGACAGCUAGGAGGCCCAUGGAUUUGGAUUAGUACAACGUCCACCCACCCCUCCCCUGACCCAACAAGACUGGAUAGUGGAAGUCAGUGUUGAUAUUGGGUUAGGGGAGGGGUAGAUGGGGAGUCUCCAAGAUUGUUGCACUGAUCCACCUUGCCAAGGAUAUGCAAAGCAAGAGUUUCUGUUUAACCCCUUUUUUCCUGGUCCAAGGUGUGGCCAGCUUGUGCCACAAAUGGACCUAAACGUCUGGUUCAUCUGUAAAACAGUGCUGAAAUCCUGGUUGUGGGUCCCCACCUGUGUACCAGGAUUUGAGUACGUGCCAUGAUUGGCCUGUUAAAAAGCCAUUGUCAAUUUGCCAAUCGGAUUGAAGGAUUGAUUUCAUCUCUGCUUUACAGACGUUGCUGAGGUUAGAUUGAGUCUGUAAUGCAGGCCAAGUUGUGGCAAGAUUUCUUGACACACUAACUUUUAAUCUUUGGUCAAAAUCCAGUGAUUUUACCAUUCAGAUGGAACCUCCCUGGCUGAAUUUUUGCACUGUACCAUUUAUUUCGUAGUAUUUUACGAAAAAAAUGUCAAUUUUUUUGGUCAUUUAUUCUUAUUUUUUGCAACUGUUAGGAGUGAGAUUUCCUGAUGCUUUAAAGCAGACUGUGUGCGUCUGCUUACUUAUUUCUGCAUUUUCUUUUUAUGUAAAAUUUGCAGUAAAACGACUGAGAGAACCUGAUUCAGACAGAAGGCCUGUCCUUAUUUGGUAAGUUAUUCACAGUAAUUUUUCAGAUACAAGCUGUUUAAACAGAAUAAAAUUAUAUUGAUAUAUAUGUAACACAAUCAUAAACCUGUGUCAUCAUUCUUGUAUAUAUUUUGGGGUUCAAUUUUAUUUUUGGUUCAAACUUUAGUUUCUUUGAUUUUUAGUUAGGUUAUGUAUGAUAUUAAUAGAUUUGAAGCAAGGAAACUGAAAUUUAAACCAAGGAUGAUAUAUAGAGUACAGGACUGUCACCAAGAGCUAGGAGCCAGGGGUAUUUCCUGCAAUUUUUUACUCCUUUUCUCACACGUCUUGUUUCUCUUGCUGAACUCAAUAUAAAGGAAAUGGAAAUGACUGCUACGCAAGCUACCCCAGCUAUUAUAAACAGAGGGAAAACAGAAGCAAAAGAAAUUCCCAACUGUUCAAUUCCCCACCUUUGAAUAUUACGUUUACCAAGACUCUUAAAAUCUCAGUGACAGCCAGGACAGUGUAUUAAUUUUUGUUCAGUCUGAAGUCAACUUAGAGGUACACUGUGUGCUGUCUGUGUACAUUUUCAGUACUUUAAGAAUGGCUUGUCAUAUCUGCAAACUUGUUUUUGCAGGUUUUUUGACACAUCAAAACAGGCAGUUGGUGCAAUGUUAGUUCAUUUUGCAAACAUCUUUUUGGCUGGUCUUUUUAAAGGUGAUCCAUGUACUUGGUAGGUUGAUUUCUCUUUUUGUGUUCAUUAUUUAUCGGUGAAGAUCAGAUUUACAUGUGUACGUAGUGAAAAUUUAUAAUAAUUUCUCACUCCACCCUGUUCGUAAUCCCUGAAGAUGCAUGUGUACUUUGUGAAAAUUUCUGUAAAUUUCCCACUUUACUACCCUGUUGUUGUUUUUGUGAUCUUAAGUCAAGGACAAAUGAAGAAAUAAUAAUGAUGAUAUUCAGAUCUUGUCCGUACAAGAAGUGACUCUCUAUCCGCAACAUUAUUGAUCGAACCAUCACCAGCUCAAUCCACUUACAUGUAUGAGAUCCACUUUGGGAUAUAAAUGCAGGCAACAUUGGUGGAAGGUCAAUGCUGUUGCUGCUUCUCUGAUUUUAUUACUUUUAUUUUUAUUUUGUAGGUACUUGAUAAAUUUUCUUUUGGAUUCCACUCUUGGUUUGGUUGUCAUAUACCUUUGCCUUCAGUUCAUGCAAGUGGUUGUCAGAAUGUAUGACUGGGACUCACUAAGAUUUGGAGAGUACGGUAAGCUAGAACUGUACGUUAAUACAGUAGUGCAGCUAGAAGUAAGUAGUUUGCAUACAAGAGGUGUGAGCAGCUUGUGUUCAGUUGCUUGAGAAGGGGUGGUGUAAUGAUUAAUCGCUUAUUACCGUUUGGUUCGAUUCACGAUUCUUUGCUUCCACGCUUCGAUUUUGCUUCGAUUUUUGCAUACCUUUUGAGAAUUUCCAAAUAAGGCAAACCUUCUUUGUCAGGAUCUCAAACAUGGCGACAAACCAAGGGACUGUGAAUCCUCCUGUCCCUGUUACUAUUCUGAAAUUGAGGGUUUAGGGUUGCAUGUUGUUAACAUUACACGUUAUGUUAUAGCAAUUGUUUAAUGUUAUUAAGAAACAUUUACAUAAUCAAAUCGAAAUAAUCAAAAUCGAAUUGAAUCGCAAGGAAUAUGAGUCGUUACACCCCUAUUGAGAAGGAAGAUCUGCAGUUAUUUUUCUUGAGUACCGCCUGAUACCAAACACUGCAACACUUAUAUGUCCAAUGUAAUUCAAGGCACGUUUACACUACAGAAAUAAUGGUUUUGGACAAUGUAGCAUAAUGUUUGAAACUGAAGGUCAAAAGUUUUGAAGCUAUUGUUGUGUUUCUUUGCCAGGGAACCCUCCGCAGUGCAGGGCGUGGAUGGGCCAGUGCAUCUUAUACCUUUGUGCUGUCAUUGUUGAGAAAGCAACCAUCACAUUAGUAGUACAGCUUGAUUUUUGGGAGGAGGUUCGCAAGUUUAUCCUUCUACCCGUCAAGAACCAUCCCAAAAUUGAGUUAGCCAUUGUCAUGCUGAUAAUACCUUUUGUUUUUAAUGUAAGUGGAAUCUUCAAGAAAAUUAUUGCAUACACAGACACUUUGUGGCGAUGAAGUACCCUUCAAUGCCUGAACAAUUAGCAUACAUACUGUAUUUAACUAGUUGAUUUAACACCAUGGUGUUAAAUAAUUUUUUAGCAUUUCUGAUGCGGUUAUUGGAGGGCUGUGUUUUUUAUUAAAAACACAUUGCUUAAAUCACUGACAUCAUCUUUAAGAAAAUGUUAUGUAAAACUGAAAGAUGUUUAAUGUUCUGAUGUUUCGCUUAUUUGAGCACUUUAGAAUAAUGGAUUAUUGUAUUUAUUAUUAUUUUUUGUAAUUGUCUCGAUUGUGGAUAUAACAAAGCUUUACCCAAAUUUUUUUCAUGAUCCUCGAAUAACAGAAUAUACAUUUUGUAAAAAAGUUGGAGAAGUAUGCUUUAUUUAUCUUCAGUAAAUAAAAAUAUUCCAGCAGAACUUGGGGAUUUUUGGCAUGGUGUACAAUAAUGGCCUCUAAAUCACAAGCUGUUCAAUAGGUCAAAACUAAGGAAAACUACUUUUAAUAAACUUCUUAUUGCCUUGAAAUCACCUCUGACUGUUGUUUUACUCUUCCUUGCAGGCCAUUAUGUUUUGGGUUGUGGACAACUUCCUCAUGCAGAAGAAGAAAAAAUUAUUUCAGAAAGACACCACAAGAAACAGAGGAAACAAAGUGAAAUAUGAAAGGCGAACAGUAAUGAAUGGUUCAGAUGAAGAAGCUGUGCUUUUAGAAAACUUAGCUGAGGGAGAAGCUAUCACAGUUCCAGAGGACAAUGUUUAUCUCAGAGAUACAGUAAGAAGAUGAUAUCAGGCAAGACACCUGGAAGCCUAGCUGAUCUUCUCUUUUGCUCCUCUGAGUAAGGAGUAGAUAAUCAGUCACUGCAUGUGGUGAUAUACACCAGGCCCUGGUUGUUC